AUGUCAGUUGUAAAUGGACUGAUAUGGAAACAUCGAAUAUACAAACUUAUUCCUAAUAAAUCAUUUAAACGAUUUUGUACAGAUAAAUGUGUGGAUAUAAAGAAUGAAAUAAUAACACAUAGUUACAAAAAAACGGAGUAUGAACAAAAUAUUAAUAAAUAUAAACAAUGUAAAGAUUAUAUUGAUUUAAAACAAAAAAUAUAUUAUGAUUAUUUGUCAAAAGAAACCCCCACACUUAGUAUUAGUAGGGGAAAACAAAUGAAUGAAUAUAUAAUAAAUAAUGAGAAUGAGUAUAAAAAUUAUGAAAAUAGUAAAAACGAUAAAAAAAAUGUGCAAGAAAACCAUGUAAGCAAUUUAUAUGAAAAUAUUCGUAUGGGAUAUAUAGAGGAAUACAAAAAAUGGAGUAAAAUUAUUAAGAAAAAGAAAAAAGAGUUAGAAAAAAACGUUGAUAAAGAUAUUUUAAGUUUGAAUGAGUCAAAGCAAGGUAUAGAAGAAAAUAUCAAUACCAAAUAUUGUAAUAAUAAUAAUAGUAAUAAUGCGAAUAUAAGCGAAAUAAACGCGGUACAAGAUGAAAAAAUAGGAUAUAAACAUAUGGUAUAUAUACAAAACAAUGAUGACGAAUUUAUAAAAUGUGAAAAUGAAGGAAAUAAUAAGAUAGAAGCGGGGGACAAUGAUAUUUUGAAAAAAAAUUCAAUAUCAAGCAGUUUGACUGAGAUAUAUAUAGAUAACAGUAAAUAUUUCAAUAAUGAAGAUUAUAAAAUUCCGAAUAUAAUUAAAUUAAAUCAAUACUGUUCUUAUAAAGGCUUAUGUAGUUCGAGAUUUGCUUAUAAUAACUUAAAAAAAGGUAUUUUAAAAAUUAAUGAUAAUAUUGUAUACGAAAAUGUAGACAUUUCAAUAGGUAAAGAUCGUGUCGAGUUAACAAAAGUUGGUAAACUUUUACUAAAAGAUAGAAUAACAAUUAUUGUAAAUAAGCCUAAACAUUAUUUAUCAAUUUCACCAGAUAAUAAAUUGAAUAAUAAAAAACUUCUUGUAAGAAAUUUAAUAAGGAAUGAAAAUAAAUAUAUUGAAGAAGAACAUAAAUGUAUGAGUUAUUUUAUUUAUAAAAAUAUAAAUAUAGAAAAGGUAAAUAAUUUAUAUGUAUGUGGUCGAUUAGAUGCUAAUUCAACCGGAUUACUAAUUUAUACACAAGAUUCUAUGGCAAGUAGCUAUUUGUUAAAUAAAUAUAAAUACGAAGUUGAAAAGGAAUAUAUUAUUACAACAUUUAAUGAAAUAAAUGAAUGUCAUUUAAAAAUGUUAAAAGAUAAUUUGUUUGUUGACGGUAAAUUAAUAUAUAAAUGUCAUAUACAAUAUGUAGAUAGUUUUACUCUUAUAUUUAAACUAUAUCAAGGUUUUCAUAAAAUAAUUAGAAAAAUAUGUUUAUUGUCAAAUAUUAAAAUACGAUCAUUACACAGGACACGUAUAGGGAAAAUACACCUCAACAAUUUACCUCUUGGAAAAUGGAGAUUUCUUAUGCCUAACGAAUCUUUUUUUUAA